AAACACCCCACCCUUUAUCUUUAAAUCUGUCCUCUUUUCCAUACUCAAGCUGUAGAGUCUUCUAGAGAGUCAAAUAAACAUCCAGCAUGCCUGUCGACUACAGCGGGACGUGGGACAUUAGCAGCAAUGUCAAUUUUGAGGGCUACAUGGUUGCACUUGGCAUUGAUUUUGCAACACGCAAGAUUGCCUCGAUGUUGAAGCCCCAGAAAGUGAUUAAGCAAGAUGGAGACUGUUUCUCAAUCAGGACGUUCACUACGUUCAGAAACUACGAGUGUUCAUUCAAAAUUGGAGAAGAGUUCACAGAGGUGACUAAAGGGAUGGACAACAGGACAUGCAAGACUGUGGUCCGCUGGGAAAACGAUAGGCUGGUGUGUGUUCAGAAAGGAGAAAAGAAGAACCGAGGGUGGACUCACUGGAUUCAGGGAGACGAGCUUCAUCUGGAACUUACUUGUGAGGAUAAAGUCUGCAAGCAAAUAUAUAAAAGGACUCUGUGAUCUUUAAGACCAUUUCAGACUUAAUUCACAACGUACAUCAAAUGGACAACU